AUGACUGACCGGCGUCUGACUGACGAGCUCUGCGAUGCUUGUGCCGCUGGAAAUCUAUCAAAAGUGUUGUCUUUGCUGCAAAGUGGAGCAGAAGUCAACGGAUUCAAUACAUUCAAGAGAACUGCUCUCCAGGUGGUGAAGAUGAGCAGCACCGCCGUGGUCGAAGCUCUUAUUGGUGGGGGGGCGAGCCCCGACGUGCGCGACCCGGACAGCGGCCGCACCGUGACCCAUGACGCCGCGCGCGAAGGGUCUGUGGAUACCGUGCGCGCGCUGAUGCGUGCUGAGGCGAACGUGAACCUCGUGGACGACCAGGGCAACCUGCCUCUGCACCUGGCUUCCAAGGGGGGCCACCUGCGGGUGGUGCAGCUGCUGAUCACGCGCACCGCGCACCCCCGCGCGACCAACGGCCUGGGAUACACCGCCGCGCAGCUCGCGCACUUCCACCGCAGGGUGGACACCGCCAAAUACAUCGACAAGUAUCUGAGCGCAAACUAAAUGAUGAAGACACCCACUUCAAUGUUUUACAAUCUGGAUUGGCUGAAACCUUCUUAUGAUUCUACUACUCUGCUCUUUCCUUUUACUUGGACUUUAAAUUUUUUUUAUAUUUUAUUCUAAAAUUACCCCCACUUAAUUGAUAAUAUAAUACUUGUAAUAUAAACCCUGUGUAAAUCUGGUACAUUUAUACCUUCUAGUGCAAUCCAGUACAAAAACUAAUAAUAACUUUUUGCCCAUAGUGUAAUAAUGUAUCCCAUUUGUAUUAUAAUAGUUAUUUGAAAGAGGAAAUAGUGUCAUGGAAGUGUGACACCAAUAGCCCAAAAAAAUCAAUUUUAAAGAAAGUGUUAUUAAUUUAUUAUUAUAUUAUGGGCUACAAUUAUUACAUUUUUAACGGAUUUUUGAAAACCCGGCAAAUAAUGAAACAAUGUUAUUACGUUAUUGGCAUGUUACUACAUAAUUGGCGGUUAUUAAAUUAUUGGCUGCUACAGGCUGCAAAACUGUUUACCCCUGAAACACCAAAAGUUUUUUGUGGACACCUCACCCACCCCUCCUUCAGUGGUGAGUAGGUAAUGAGUGAAUUUUUUAUUUUUCAGUGACCUAUCCCUUUAACAGUGUCAAUCAAAACUGAACAUCAUUAGCUUUUGUAAACUCUUUGGCUGAGCUUUUGUUUUGGAUUUCACUCGAUUUUACAGAUGUACCUAAUAAAGUGGCCGCAUAAAUGUAUUUUUAAAAUAAUUUAUAA